CGUGGCCUGUUCCCGCCCCGGAGACCCGGCAGUUGAGGGACGCCGACGCCUGGGCCUUGAGGAUGCUGCGCAAGCUCACCCUCGAGCAGAUCAACGACUGGUUCACCAUCGGCAAGACCGUGACCAAUGUGGAGCUGCUGGGCGCGCCGCCCGCCUUCCCGGCCGGGGCGGCCAGGGAGGAGGCUCAGCGCCAGGACGUGGCCCCCGGCGCCGGUCCCGCGGCCCAGGCUGCGGCCCUGGCCCAAGCUCCGGCCCAGCAGGCCGCUGCGUUCGAAAGGUCACUCAGCCAAAGGAGCUCAGAAGUAGAAUAUAUUAACAAAUACAGACAGCUUGAAGCACAAGAGCUUGAUGUGUGUGGCAGUGUCCAACCAACCAGUGGGCCAGGUCCAAGGCCAUCUUUGGCUAAAUUAAGCAAUGUGACGUGCAUCCCAGGGACAACUUAUAAAUAUCCUGAUUUGCCUAUAAGUCGAUAUAAGGAAGAGGUUGUGUCUUUGAUAGAAAGUAAUUCCGUGGUGAUUAUACAUGGGGCCACGGGAAGCGGUAAAAGCACUCAGCUCCCCCAGUAUAUCUUGGACCACUACGUUCAGCGCUCCGCCUACUGCAGCAUUGUGGUCACCCAGCCCCGGAAGAUAGGGGCAAGCAGCAUCGCCAGGUGGAUCAGUAAAGAGCGUGCCUGGACCCUGGGGGGUGUGGUGGGCUACCAGGUAGGGCUAGAGAAAAUAGCAACAGAGGACACGAGGCUAAUUUAUAUGACAACUGGAGUCCUGCUUCAGAAAGUAGUUAGUGCCAAGAGUUUGAUGGAAUUCACACAUAUCAUCAUUGAUGAAGUACACGAACGAACAGAAGAAAUGGAUUUCCUGCUGUUGGUAGUCCGCAAACUCUUAAGAACAAAUUCACGUUUUGUGAAGGUAGUCCUGAUGUCGGCUACCAUCAACUGUAAAGAGUUUGCAGACUACUUUGCCGUUCCUGUUCAAAACAAGAUGAAUCCUGCAUAUAUUUUUGAAGUGGAAGGCAAGCCCCAUUCAGUUGAAGAGUAUUAUCUUAAUGAUUUGGGGCACAUUCAUCAUAGCAAGCUCUCUCCUCAUCUCCUGGAGGAACCGGUGAUAACUAAGGAUAUAUAUGAAGUUGCUAUCUCUCUCAUUCAGAUGUUUGAUGACUUGGAUAUGAAGGAGAAUGGGAACAAGGCCUGGUCGGGUGCCCAGUUUGUGUUGGAGCGAAGCAGUGUGUUGGUGUUUUUGCCAGGUCUGGGUGAAAUAAACUAUAUGCAUGAACUUCUCACAAACCUGGUUCAUAAAAGGUUGCAGGUCUAUCCACUCCAUUCAAGUGUGGCUUUAGAAGAACAGAAUAAUGUAUUUUUAAGUCCAGUCCCUGGGUACAGAAAGAUUAUUCUGUCUACCAAUAUUGCAGAGAGUUCUGUCACAGUUCCAGAUGUCAAAUAUGUUAUAGAUUUUUGUUUGACUAGAACUUUGGUCUGUGAUGAAGAUACAAAUUAUCAGAGUCUGCGAUUGAGUUGGGCCUCUAAAACCAGCUGUAAUCAGAGAAAAGGCCGUGCUGGACGAGUGUCUAGAGGGUACUGUUACCGGCUGGUACACAAGGAUUUCUGGGACCACUCCAUCCCUGAUCAUGUUGUUCCUGAGAUGUUGCGUUGUCCAUUAGGAAGCACAAUCUUGAAAGCGAAAUUACUCAACAUGGGUGAGCCGAGAGCUCUGCUGGCCACUGCCCUUUCCCCGCCUGGUCUGAGUGACAUUGAGCGCACCAUCCUUCUACUAAAGGAGGUUGGAGCACUUGCAGUGAGUGGGCAGAGAGAAGAUGAAAACCCCCAUGACGGUGAAUUGACCUUCUUAGGAAGAGUUUUAGCCCAGCUUCCUGUAAAUCAGCAACUUGGUAAACUCAUAGUCCUUGGACAUGUAUUUGGAUGUCUAGAUGAAUGUCUUAUUAUAGCGGCAGCUCUUUCUUUGAAGAAUUUUUUUGCAAUGCCUUUCCGGCAGCAUCUCGAUGGAUAUAGGAACAAAGUGAAUUUCUCUGGCAGUAGCAAGAGUGACUGCAUUGCACUUGUUGAGGCAUUUAAAACAUGGAAGGCUUGCAGACAGAGAGGGGAGCUGCGGUACCCGAAGGAUGAACUUAAUUGGGGACGGUUAAAUUACAUUCAAAUCAAGAGAAUUAGAGAGGUGGCUGAAUUAUACGAAGAAUUGAAGACUAGAAUCUCACAGUUCAACAUGCAUGUUGAUUCUCGGCGACCUGUCAUGGACCAAGAGUAUAUAUAUAAGCAGCGAUUCAUCCUACAGGUUGUAUUGGCAGGUGCUUUCUAUCCAAAUUACUUUACUUUCGGACAGCCUGAUGAGGAGAUGGCGGUAAGGGAGCUGGCUGGCAAGGACCCCAAGACAACUGUAGUGUUGAAGCACAUUCCUCCCUAUGGAUUUCUUUACUAUAAACAACUACAGUCUCUCUUUAGACAGUGUGGUCAAGUCAAAUCUAUUGUAUUUGAUGGUGCAAAAGCCUUUGUGGAAUUCUCACGAAAUCCAACAGAGAGAUUUAAAACCCUUCCUGCCGUGUAUAUGGCAAUUAAGAUGUCUCAACUAAAAGUUUCACUUGAACUCAACGUUCAUUCUGCAGAGGAAAUUGAAGGGAAGGUGCAAGGCAUGAAUGUCUCAAAGCUCAGGAACACAAGGGUGAAUGUGGACUUCCAGAAGCAGACGGUAGAUCCUAUGCAAGUCUCAUUUAACACAUCAGACAGGUCCCAGACAGUUACAGAUCUCCUUCUAACUAUUGAUGUCACAGAGGUGGUUGAAGUGGGACACUUUUGGGGAUAUAGGAUUGAUGAAAAAAACUUAGAGAUUCUGAAAAAGCUUACUGCUGAAAUCAACCAACUGACGUUGAUGCCCUUACCCACUCACCCACAUCCAGACUUGGUCUGUCUGGCACCUUUUGCUGAUUUUGGUAAACAACGCUACUUUAGAGCUCAAGUCCUUUAUGUUUCUGGAAAUUCUGCUGAGGUAUUCUUUGUAGAUUAUGGCAAUAGGUCUCAUGUAGAUCUACAUCUUUUGAUGGAGAUUCCCUGUCAGUUUCUUGAACUUCCCUUCCAGGCUUUGGAAUUUAAGAUUUGCAAAAUGAGACCAUCGGCAAAGUCUCUUGUUUGUGGCGAGCACUGGAGCGACGGGGCCAGCCAGUGGUUCUCCUCUCUGGUGAGCGGCUGCACCCUCCUUGUGAAGGUCUUCUCUGUGGUGCACAGCGUCCUGCACGUGGACGUGUACCAGUACUCGGGGGUCCAGGAUGCCAUCAACAUAAGAGAUGUCCUCAUCCAGCAGGGCUAUGCUGAGCUCACGGAGGAGUCCUACGAGUCCAAGCAAAGCCAUGAAGUUCUCAAGGGCCUCUUUUCCAAGUCAGUAGAAAAUGUGACAGACGGCUGUGCGCCCUUUCCCAUGAAAGACGACGAGAAAUAUCUCAUCCGGAUUUUGUUAGAGAGCUUUUCUUCCAAUAAACUGGGUACUCCAAACUGUAAGGCAGUACUUCAUGGGCCUUUUAACCCUUAUGAACUAAAGUGCCAUAGUUUGACCAGAAUAUCCAAAUUCAGGUGUGUGUGGAUUGAGAAGGAGAGCAUCAACUCUGUCAUUAUCAGUGACGCCCCUGAAGACCUUCACCAGAGAAUGCUGGUUGCAGCUUCCCUGUCUAUCAAUGCAACUGGAUCUACGAUGCUGCUGAGAGAAACCUCUCUGAUGCCUCAUAUCCCUGGCCUCCCAGCUCUCCUCAGCAUGUUAUUUGCACCGGUGAUGGAGUUAAGGAUUGAUCAGAAUGGCAAGUACUAUACUGGAGUCCUUUGUGGUUUGGGGUGGAAUCCAACUACAGGGGCUUCCAUACUGCCCGAGCACGACAUGGAGCUUGCGUUUGACGUUCAGUUCAGCGUGGAGGACGUUGUCGAGGUUAAUAUUCUCAGGGCUGCUAUUAACAAGCUAGUCUGUGAUGGACCAAAUGGAUGCAAGUGUCUUGGGCCAGAGAGAGUUGCGCAGCUUCAGGAUAGUGCCCGUCAGAAGCUUUUAGGUUUGUUCUGUCAAUCAAAACCAAGAGAGAAGAUUGUUCCCAAGUGGCAUGAAAAGCCCUACGAGUGGAAUCAGGUUGAUCCAAAGCUGGUCAUGGAGCAGGCCGACCGUGAGAGCAGCAGAGGGAAGAACACCUUUCUCUACCAGCUCCACAAACUGGUUGUGCUCGGCACCUGAGCGUGUCCACAGGCUGCCUCCAGCACACCCCUCAGGAAGCUGCGGAGGGUGGAUUCCAGGCUCCCUCCGCAGACUGACUUUCCUCUGUGUCUGGACGUUACAGUCUGUGCCCACUGCAUCCUAAAGGCCUUUUCUUUCUUCUUUUCUCUUUGGGUGAUAGUCAGAGAGUGGUGUUUUUGUUCAGGUGGGAAGGAUUGGAAACUCUAGUCUUUUCUAGAAACAGAAAAUCACUGUAUUAAAUAUUUUGGAAAAAUUGUUCUGAAAGAAGACUGUUUGGAUAAAGAGCUAUAUUUUGCUUUAAAUUUAUGAAGGUAAAUAUAAGUAGUUAAUCUUAGAUGUAAUGUUCCAGAAUGUGCCUACAUAUUCUAUUCUGUUACAGUGAUUUCAACCAGUAGUCCAGGAAAAAACUUAAAAAACAAAAAAACCAUGUAGUAUAUUCUGAUUUGUUUUUUCCAUGAGGGAAAAUAUCUAAUUUUUGUAAGACUAAGUUGAGUUAUAGUUCUUGGUUCACAUUUUGGAAAUCAGAGAUUACAUGGCCAUAGCUUAUCUGUGUUAAAACAAUAAAAGCAUUAGAUGAA